GAUCACAAAAGCUUUUCAUACCAGUGAAAAAAAUGCAGGGCAGAAACAAUACACUGUUCAGAUCGCUAUUGUCAGAUGCUGGCAGGCAUAUGCAUGGCUCUGUAGAUAUGCAAAUGCGCUACUCAAUACAAGAAAGUCACAGAGUGCACUACACAGUAUUGUUGAUAGCUAUUUUUACCAGGUGUGUAAAGUGAAGGCUGAAGAGAGAGCGCUCUACCACACAAGGUUGCAUCUAAUCAUGUUAAAUAGUGGACGUCUGUUCUUGAGGUACAAGUUGAGUGAGCCAGUCUCCAAUGACACUGUGUAUGAUGAAGAGCUGACUCGACGGCUCAAUGAUCAGAUAAGGGAGCUCAAGGAUGAAUCGGGGAGGUUGUACAAACUGCUCAGCGAGAGAGACUACGAGAUACGGAAGCUGAAGAAGCAGCGCGAGGAAGACAGGCUCGCACUAGGUGGUGGAGGCAUUGCAGGUGACACAGCGGCUAUGAAGAUCGUCGAGCUGUCCAAGAAGAAUCGUGAACUGACGGCGGAACUGGAAAGUGAGCGGACCAAAGUCAAGCAGCUCAUGCGCAAAGUCCGCGACACUGAAAAGGAGUUGGCAGUGGCUUUACAGCAGUCACAGAAUGUGGAAGGCAGGGGAAAGAGUGGCCAACAGAGGCCUGUCCUGACAAAGGAACAGUCGCAGAAUCAGGCAGAAGCAAUGGCAACAGAGUUGAAGAACCUUCAGGACACCCUGGCCAAGAGCCAAGCCAAACAGACUGAUUAUCGCAACCAGGUCAACGUCCUGAAACAGGAACUGAAAGUAACCCAUAAGAUUCUCUCCAGUGAGCUCGGAGAAAACGUCAAUAUCCAGGAUAUCAAGAAUGACAAUAGUAGCUGGAGGGGUCGUGCCCAGCAAAUCCUACUGCUUCAGAACAAGGUCUCUGAGCUGAAUCGUCAGCUGGACCAAUUCAAAAGUCGGCCGGGCACCGAGAUGAGCCUGGAGGAACAGUUUAUGACCAUGGACGUCUCGGACGACCGCUCCUCCUUGACAUCUGCCCUCCCGAGGGGCCCCAAAGGGGGAGGCGGGGGGACAAUGGAUGAACGGCAGAAGCUGAGGAUCAGACAGCAGGAGAGAGGGAGAAGAGAAGAGCAAGAGAAAGCUGCCUUGGAGCUGAAGUCCAUGGAGGAGGACUACAGCAAGUUGAAGGAGAAGUUGGAGGCUUCUAAGGCACGCAACAAGGUCCUGGCCAAUGAAAUCAAGUCGGUCAAACAGCAGUUGACUACCUUGUUAGACAAGGGUAAACAUGACAAUGAACUGAUUGAAGCUUUGUUGAGCCAGCAGGGCCAACUCAAGAAGCACCUGGAGCUGAGCAGCAAGCAGCAGCAGGAGGUCCAGAGGAUGAGGGAGCAGGCCAGCCAGGAGCUUCAGCUCAGGAGCCAGCAGGAUGCCAACACCGUGGAGCAGCUGAGGCUCAUCAUUAAGGAGAAGGAAGCCAAGAUCCGACAGCUGGAGGAGACAGUGCAAGAAAUGAGCCAGAUGCAUGAACAGCAGUGGCAACAGCAGCAGACGAUCCACCUGAACGGUGGCACAGACACAGCCCCCGACAGACCCCAGAGCAGACCCCUGUCCAUCAUGUCAGUGGACAGACCAGUCCCAGCAGAGAGGCACAGUGGCGUGUCAUUUGGCUCCCCAGCACCUCCACAGUCAAGGCAAGGAAGUAGACCACCGACGGGCAACAGAAGUGCAUCCAAACUGAGUAAUGGAGAAGUGUCAGGGAGAGCAUCAUCCAGGGGUGUGCGGCCGGCAAGCACAGGGAGUUUGACUUUGGCAUCCGGCGAAGGCUCAGAGGAAUGGAGGAGGCAAUUACAGCACUGCAAGUCACUGUGUCAAGUGGCAGAAGUGGAGAGAGACAAAUUGAUGGAACUGGUGCAGAUAUUACAGACCAGAGCUGACGAAGCCAAUGUCAAAACCACUGAGGCCCAGAGCAGCUUACAGGAGGCCAAGCAGCGCAACGUGUGGCUGGAGAAACAACUCGGAAAGGUCAAAGUUGAAGGUAGCACCAACAGCGGCAAAGGGGCCAAGAAGUCAUCGACGGUUGUCAAGAUGUCGGUCUCGGGGGGUUAUCUCGCAGACAGCGACUUGGUGGAGGGGGACCUUCCCCUGAAUCAGCAGAUGCUGGAUGAGCUACAGACAAGGUUAGCUAUCAAGAUUGAUGAAAAUGAUGCCUUAAAGUCGGCCGUGAAGAGCACUCUAAAGGCCAAGGAGGAAGAUCUGAAACUGUACCAUGACAUGAUGAGACAGACGAAGGAGGUCUUCCUGCAGGGACUGCGGCAAUUCAGACAGAGCGGAGGAAACAGCAGCUAAGAGUUUGCCGGAAACCAACACCAGGAUCAAGUGAAGGAAGUCAAGCAGAUACCAGUUUGAGGCAGGCGGUAGAGAAUGAAAUCUUAAUGUUACUCAAGAAAGUAACUGAAGUACAAAAGAUACAAAAACUUUAGUAUUUAUUACUUUUAAGGUUAGUACAUGCCUCAGGACCUCUCCUUCCUCUAUUGAUGAGUUGGUUUGUUCUGUCUACCCUAAUUGGUUUCAGUAACAACAUCAAGUUGACUGCUGUACAGUUUCAUAUUAUCAAGAUUUUUAUGUGUAAAUUGUGUACAUAGCCACAGCAGAAAUUGCCUGAUUGAUUACCAUGCAUACACUUUAUUUUUCCCCUUUUUCUACUGUCUUACCAUUUCAAAUUUUUCCAAUACCUUGACUUUUAAUCCGUCCAAAAAUCAAUAAGCGUAUCAUUCAAAUGUUUGUUUGCGCUUUCUUGAAAGCAGCUGAGAAAAAUCAAUUUUUUUACAUUUUGAGUUCUGCCCACCAGUUCACUAACCUCCAUUGUUAAAAGUUCAGUUUUGAAUAAUGUCCAUUUCUUUUGUGAAAUUUAUGCCAAAAUAUAUGUGUUAUAAAUGGCACAGGAUGGUGCCUAAAUUAAAGGAAACUAUUGUUUAAAAUUUGUUCACAACUUAUCAAGUUCUUUGAUGUGGAAUAUUCCUGUUCCCUGACAAACUAGUAACAAAAAGUGAUGGCAAUAUUGCAUUUGUCCAUUUGUGGUAUGCAGAAUUUGCUUUUGUUAUAAGGAUGCAUCUGUUUCCAUAACAUUUUAGCAUCCUCACAAUAGUGUAUUUUUCAGAUUAAUUAAUGAUCAAUUGAAAACACUGCGGUUAACCUUUACAAUUCACGGAAUUUUUUUCUUGCAAAUUAAACCAGGAAAUAGAGUUGACAAACUAAUGGGUUUUUUUUCAACUUGCUGGUAGCACGUUUGGUCACACCUGCCCUUGACAACACAAAUAUCUUGAUUUUUAUAUUUUUAUUUAUCCACGGACUACAUACUACCUCUCCAUAUGGUGCUUUUUGAAAGUGAAUAUAUUGUUCCGAAAUGCUAUAUCUAUUUUGAUUGUUCCAUUGCUGCUGGCUUGGAUAACAUGGUUAGGGUGGGAGGCAUUCCCCUGCUUUACUUAAAAAUAGACUACAGAUAUUUAAAACACACUAACGCGUUGUACCAGGGAAAAAAUGGAUGUGUGUUAUGUCACACAUUAAGCACUUCGAAAUCUUGGCUUUUCUAUAACUGUACCCCCCCCCCAAAAAAAAACAAUGUUAAACAAGAUUAAGUGUAAUCAGAAACUUUUUCUGUGGUAAUGCAACUGAAAUAUAAAGGGAAGGGGACUUGAAGUGCACCUCUAGCUAUGGAGUUGGCAGUGAAUAAUUGUUAGAUUGCAUUCUCUGGACAAUUGUUAGAUUGCAUUCUCAGUUGGCUUUUGGAAGAAUGCUUUGUUGCUGGUUCUUGGUUAAAGGAGGUGGCCAUAGUUCCUGAAGGGAGAAAU